UAAAAGGAGGAAUAUAGCGAUUUAAAAUAUCCAGAUGAAAAUAUUUGAUAGAGGUGUAAAAAGGGGUUAAGUUUCCAACAACCUUACCUAAGCAGAGCUUAUUAAUAGAUAGAGCUCACUUCAGCCAAUCACAUACACUAGAUUCCUUACGUUAUACCACAUUUGUCGUCCCAUCCCAGCUAAAGUGCGGAGGCGGCUCACUGACGACCAAAUCCCUCACUAGCACUCAGAUAUCUCACAAUCUCAUACCAGCUCUCAGCCAUAUCACCACCGCGAAAAUGGUCUACACAAUAGUCGUGCACCUGCGCUCCAAGCCCGGCGCGGAGAACAUCGCCAAAGUCCACGCCAAGCUCAACGAAGCAUCCGCCGUCUACUCCAAGGACAAGGAGACCAUCUCCUGGUUCGUCAUGCAAUCCGUCCACGACCCCCAGGACUUCACGAUCGUGGAGCGGUACGAGAACGAGGGGAGCCAGAAGUAUCACCUCGAGAACCCGUACUGGCAGACCUUUGACCCGUUCGUCGUACCGCUGCUGGAGAAGCCCAUGGACUUGCGGCGCUUCGAGGAGCUGGUCCCGGUCUCUGGAGAGGAGGCGUUGCUGAAGUAAGAGGGCUGUCGCUUACCUAAUGUGGUGAGAGCCGGGUGGGUUAGAUGAGUAAAAAGUGAAAGUAAAGAGUAAAAGGGGCGCAUUCUCGUGUAGAUCCAAAAAAAAUCGAUAGAACUAUCUAACUAAGCAACUCAUACCCACGAUGAUAUACACGGU